UAGCUCGACGUGAAUGCAACAAGAAGAAGAGUAAAAGCCCACACACAGCUAGAGGAUCUUUGGUAAAAGGACUCUCCCCCUACCAACUAGCUAGCUGAAAGUGAAGUGGACUGCGUAAGUGGUCUGGAAGACUUUUUUUUUUUUUUUAAUAAACAAAACAUUUGAGAACAGAUAUGGCGCUUACCGAUGCUGACGUACAAAAACAGAUCAAGCACAUGAUGGGCUUCAUUGAGCAAGAGGCCAGUGAGAAAGUCGAGGAAAUUGAUGCUAAGGCGGAGGAAGAGUUCAACAUCGAGAAAGGUCGUCUGGUGCAGACCCAGAGGUUGAAAAUCAAGGGGUACUAUGAGAAGAAGGAAAAGCAGAUUGAACAACACAAGAAAGUCCAGAUGUCCAACCUGCUGAACCAAGCAAGGCUAAAGGUGCUGAGGGCCCGCGACGACAUGAUCACGGAUUUGUUGAAUGAGGCUCGUCAAAGACUUGCAGAGAUUGCCAAGGACCCUGCUAGUUACUCUACCCUGCUGGAGGGCCUGGUGCUUCAGGGAUUCUAUCAACUGCUGGAACCUAAAGUUACCAUUCGCUGCCGACAGCAGGAUGUAGAAAUGGUUCAGGCUGCAGUUAAUAAGAUCAGCCCUAUCUAUAAAGACGCGGUGAAGAGGAACAUAGUUGUGAAAAUCGACCCGGAACGCUUUCUUCCGUCAGGGAUCUGCGGAGGAGUUGAAGUAUAUAAUGAUAACGGGAAGAUCAAAGUUUCCAACACUUUGGAGAACAGGCUUGAACUAAUGGCACAACAGAUGAUGCCUGAAAUCAGAGAGAACUUGUUUGGUGCCAAUCCCAACCGUAAAUUCACGGAUUAACUGGAUCUGAAGAGAGCAGUGUGGACACGGGUGAAACAUACUGUAUGAGGUGACCACAGACCAUCAUCAUAGUGAGCAAGAGUCUACACAAUCACCUACCAAAGAAAACCCUGGUUCACAUCAAUGGAACACUACCGAUGUGUUCAGGUAUUUUUUGUAGUAAUGGAGUUAGUAUUACUUUAACUUGUGCACGUUUUAUGUUUUUAAGUGCCUUCUUCUAUUUUACCUCUACAGGGAUGUCUAAAGGCAAAAUUUGCAAUGGCUUUGCAAAUACGUAUUCCUUCAGUUGAUUUGGGAAAUCGGUGGCUUUUUACUACUUGAUUAACCCUUGUGUUGUUUUCCGGUUGACUAUGCACUUGUUGUCCUUCUGGGUCAAAA